CUCCUCUGUUUAAGCUCAGGCCGGCGCGAGAUUUUUUUUUCCUGAUCCGGAAUUGCCGCCGGUGACUGCUCCAUCCCUAUCUAUUUCCCCUUUUUUUCUCUCCCUCUCUCCUACGGUCCAUUUCCUUCUCCGGCCACCACCGUCCGAUCCGGCGCCGGCGUUUGAGACCUAAAACUUCGAUAUCAUUAUGGACGCCCGCUGCCGAUCGACGAAGCCGACGACCGUUAAGGCGAAGCCGACGACGAAAACCGUCGACGGUGAUUCCACGAAGGCUUCAGACGCUUUGGCUCUCCCUCUGUACAUCACCAACGCUGUCUUCUUCACGCUCUUUUUCUCCGUUGUGUAUUAUCUGCUCAGCCGGUGGCGGGAGAAGAUCCGGAACUCUGUUCCUUUGCAUUUCGUUACUCCGUCUGAGAUUAUUUCUCUCCUCGCUUUAGUCGCCUCGUUUGUAUACCUUAUCGGAUUCUUCGGCAUCGAUUUCGUUCAGUCUCUGUUUCUCCGUCCGUCGGGGGACGUCUGGACUACGGAUGAAGAUGAUGAGCGUUCCAUUGUUAAAGAUGAUUCCCGGAAAGUGCCGUGUGGUGCGGCGCUUGAUUCUUCUGUUCCUCAUCAAGUCCCUUCUCCAGUUUUGUCCGUACCGAAGUCUGUUGAUCCGUUGCCAGUUCCGAUCAAACUAAACGAAGAAGAUGAGGAAAUCGUGAAAUCCGUAGUGGUUGGGACUACUCCGUCAUACUCUCUCGAAGCGAAGCUCGGUGACUGUGGUAGAGCUGCAGCAAUCCGCCGGGAGGCCCUUCAGAGAAUUACAAGUAAGUCUCUCUCCGGUUUGCCUCUAGACGGAUUCGAUUACGCUUCUAUUUUAGGGCAGUGCUGUGAAAUGCCAAUCGGAUACGUCCAGAUUCCGGUAGGGAUUGCAGGUCCGCUUCUUCUAGAUGGAAGAGAGUUUUCAGUUCCAAUGGCUACAACAGAGGGAUGUUUAGUUGCGAGUACAAAUCGAGGAUGUAAAGCGAUUCAUCUAUCUGGAGGAGCCAACAGCGUCUUGUUAAAAGAUGGAAUGACCAGAGCUCCGGUGGUGAGAUUCGCCACAGCAAAGAGAGCCGCUCAAUUGAAAAUGUUUCUUGAAGAACCUGAAAAUUUCGAAACUCUGGCUUUAGUCUUCAACAAAUCAAGCCGAUUCGCUAGAUUACAAAACAUCAAAUGCGCCAUUGCCGGUAAAAACUUAUAUACUCGAUUCUCCUGCAGCACCGGCGACGCCAUGGGAAUGAACAUGGUCUCAAAAGGCGUUCAGAACGUUCUUGAUUUCUUGCAGGAGGAUUUCCCUGACAUGGAUGUAAUCGGCAUCUCUGGAAAUUUCUGUUCUGAUAAGAAGCCGGCUGCGGUGAACUGGAUUGAAGGAAGGGGGAAAUCGGUGGUUUGUGAAGCGGUAAUUAAAGGGGAUGUGGUGAGGAAGGUUUUGAAGACGAACGUGGAGGCUUUGGUAGAACUUAAUAUGCUUAAAAAUCUUGCUGGGUCCGCCAUGGCUGGAGCUUUGGGUGGAUUUAAUGCUCAUGCCAGUAAUAUUGUUACUGCCAUUUACAUAGCAACUGGGCAAGAUCCUGCACAGAACGUGGAAAGUUCUCACUGCAUUACAAUGAUGGAAGCUGUGAAUGAUGGCAGGGAUCUUCACGUGUCCGUUACCAUGCCUUCCAUUGAGGUUGGUACAGUUGGUGGAGGCACACAACUAGCCUCCCAAUCUGCUUGUCUGAAUCUUCUUGGAGUUAAAGGUGCUAAUAGAGAAUCCCCAGGCUCAAACUCAAGGCUAUUGGCCACCAUUGUUGCUGGUUCUGUUCUUGCUGGAGAGCUCUCUCUAAUGGCUGCUCUUGCGGCUGGACAAUUAGUCAAAAGCCACUUGAAAUACAACAGAUCAAGCAGAGACAUAGCCAGUGUUUCAUCUUCCUAGUCUCUCCUCUUCACAGUCCACGAUGACCGCCACCAAGCUCGCCGGUGCUCCGCCGUCCACAGUGGAGGUACGUAGGAACAUAAUGUAUAAAACCAGAAAAAAAAAAAAUAUAUAUAUAUAUAUAUAUAUAUAUAUAUAUAUAUAUCCAAAAAAUGGGUAAAAAUUGGGUAUUGAAUCUGUUGUUGGGUAGGAAAUAUAGAGAUGAAGAAGAUAAGGGAGUUUCAGUUUCAAAUGGCAUUAUCACUCUGAGGUUCAAGAUGUUUAGAAACGCACAAAUAUGUCUGUUUUUUUUUUUUAGUGUUUUCUUUGUAACUUUGUGUUUGUAAGUUGUUUGUAUUUUCUUUAUUCUGAUCUUUUGAGUUUUGGCCAUUUUGGGGUUUCUAAACUGUGAAGGAAAAGUUCUAUAUACUUCGGUGGCUAAAACAGAUGGUUUGAAGUUUUCAUGGUCAGUUUGUUUUGAGAGUUUGUGUUUACAUAGUGGAAAAUCUUCAAACUUGUAUAAUAAUGCUGUCUUUUG